UCGUCUGGCGUGGACGCACCCAGGUAGAGAUACGAACUGUAUCAGGUAUCCGUCGGUGCAUCCCUUGCACAAAUGCACCUGCUUUCAAAGGUUCAGGGCGCCGCCACGAGUGCAGUGGCAAUGAAUGAAAUGUCAGUUUUUGCUCAAAUAAGUGGAUUUGGAUGGAGAAAAUUUCACUUGAUGAGAUAUUUCUUGAUGAUCUGAAUGGCGGUGGCAAAUAACGAGGUUAUGAAGCCUCAGGAGGGAGAGCUAGUCAGUGAGAUCUCCAAGGCUGUGGAAAUACUUUUCCUUUCUGAGGACAAUGGCCACCUACACACCCAGCUCCAGGGCCUGGUGUCAGAGCUGAAGGUGGGCUUCUCCAGUGCUCUGUAUGAGCUGAGUCAGAUCCAGCAUGGAGACAGUGAUAUCAGGGAGGAGGUGGGAGAAGCCCGGAGGAGCUGUGAGAGAAAGGCCCUGCGCAUGGAGACCCUGGUUGAAUCUCUCAGGGAUGAACUGGGAGAGAUGCGUUGCCAGAUCCUGCAACUCUGUGGCAGCAACAGGCAGAGGUCUCCUAUACAGCCGGAGGUGAAGGUGACACAAUCAGCUCUGGCAACCCAGAGAGACAGUGAUACAGGUCUUGUGGUGAAUGGGAGGAGCCACUGUGAGUGCAGUGCCAGCAGCAGCACAUCCUCCUCUUCGAACCGGGGCAGAGUCCUGCUCCACUGCUACCUACAGGGGCUCAAGGCAGGGAUGUAUGAGGGGACAGAUGCAAGGCACCAAGUGACGAUGCAGCUUCUCCACUCAGAAUGGGAAUACGUGUCGACCUUAAACCAGCUCUUCGACAAGUACAGAACACCUCCUGCUCUGCAGAUGGACCUGGAGCCAUAUCAGAAUUACCUGAAGUUUGUAGAGGAGUUGCUGCAGCGCCACCUUCUGUUCAGAAACACUCUGGAGCAGAGGUUGUCUGCUCACGACUGGAAAGGCCUUGUGGGAGACAUCUUUGUCCAACUCGUAGGCCACAAUGAUUCAUCCUUCUUGGACAUAUACCACGGAUACACGACAGCGCUGGCCACGUUUCUUUCUAUAGAAUUCAACAGAAUAAUACAAAGCACACAGAGCUAUACGAAGGAAAGAGAGGAAGUUCAACUGUUCUCUCUGCUGUUGGCGCCAGUCUCUCGAAUCCACAGCUACCUAACCCUCAUUCAGAGGCUGUUGCAGUGGACUGACAGCGAUCACCCAGACAGCAGCCUCCUCCAGGGGUCAGAGAGGGUCCUGAAGAACAUCCUCUCCCGCUGUCACCUCAUCCUGGAGGACGAUGUUCGAUGGGGAGACGGAGGAAGAAUGGCCGGGCCCAGUGGCAGCUGCUCUGCCUGCCCCUGUGCCAAGUCGUGCGAUCACAGAAGCCAGCUCUGCCCUGCCACGGACACACAGAAACACAGACAGGAGUCCCGUGAUGCUGCUGGGAAACGAGAGGAACAACAGCCACGUCUAUCUAACUGUGCCGCCGGCUGCCAGAGCAUGCCUGUUGCUCGUUGGUCUACCGGUACUGUACGGAAGAAGAGCUGUUAUAGAGACAGGACAGGGGGGACCUUCCAGUCUCAUCUCCAUGACUCCUGCGGCCUGGCUGGACUGGUCUACGGUGGGGACAUCAGCGCCUUCCUCCAUACGGCACCGCCUGGGUGGGGGGACAGCGACUCUGGACAGGAGUCUCCUAGCCAGGCUACGGGGUUAAGGUACACGCACACGGCCCCCAGACCCCUGGUCCUCACAUGGUCCAGAGAAGCACUGAUGACUGUGACACGGAGGAGGACGUUGGGGACACCUCAGUGUUUGACUACUCCUCCGUCACCACCUGUAGCCCAGACGGGACCCUGAGGAGGGAGGGGGAAACGAGUAAUACCGAGGAGGAGGACGAGGAAGAGGACACAGACAGUCAGGUGCCUGUUCUGUUGAAGCCCUCGUACACACAGCAGCAGCAGUCGCUGAGGGAUUCGCCCAGAGAACGGACUGUAUGUCUGAGAUGGCAGAUACCCAGGCUGCCCUACCCUUCUUCUCGAAGUCCACGACACCAGGCAGGACCAGCGGGCCUGGAGGGACAGGGUCAGACAUCAGGGCCAGCAGGACCCUAUGGGAACAGAGUCAUCAACGUCACUAAGGGACCACCUCCUCUCAUCCCCACCUGUGUCUUCAGACCCAUCUGGGAUGAACCACCGAAACAGGAAGAUGCAGCACCCGUAAAGGAAAAUACACCACAAGGCUUCAGACCGGUUCAAGCCACUGAGAGGCAGAAAUUUCCUAACUUCAAAAAGCUAAGGUUCGAAACCCAGCCGAGAGUUGGCCACGUCCAGGCAGGAGCCAUGGGGGGUGUUGCGGUGUGGGAUGAGAGUGAGGAGGACAGUGAGGGGCCCUGCAGCACCGUAUGAGAGAGGGAGACUGUCUGUGAGACCAACUUAGAAGUUUGCAGCAUUAUUUGAGAGAUCAAACGACCAAGACUACAGCCCUGUGUGAGAGAGGGAUUCAUCUAAGAGACCAGCCCAACAGUCUGCAGCACCAUGUGAGAUAUAGACCAUCUGAAAGACUGUCUGACAGACUAACCCAGAGGUCUGCAGCACCGUGUGAGAUAUAGACCAUCUGAAAGACUGUCUGACAGACUAACCCAGAGGUCUACAGCACUGUGGGACACCAAACGAGCAAUCAGAACAGCAACCAAAUCUCUUGCAUGCUGGCUACUUGAUUAGCAUUUAUGGUCUGUCACGACACCAACCCAGAGGACUAACAGCACUGUGUGAGAGAGACCAACCCAGAGGACUAACAGCACUGUGUGAGAGAGACCAACCCAGAGGACUAACAGCACUGUGUGAGAGAGACCAACCCAGAGGACUAACAGCACUGUGUGAGAGAGAGAGACUUUGUACUGCGUGUGUGAGAGAGAAAGAGAGAGAAAAAUAGAUACUGUACUGUGUGAGCAGGAGACUUUGUACUGUGUGUGUGAGAGAUAAUUGUACUGUGUGUGUGUGAGAGAGAGAGAUAAUCCUGAUCACAGACGGUCUAAGGUCUGCAACAAAAAAAACAAUAACAAUGGUGGUGGGGUGGCCAGUGAUGUCGUUUCCCCCCAACUGCAGAGUCCAUCUUUAAGGUCUUCACUGCAGCAUCAUCUGAAAGAUUGACCAGCCUGCAUGAUUUAGGAUUACACACUAGACAUCCCUGUAACAGCACAGUGCCCCUAAAAGAGAAUAAAGUGGAUACGAAACAUCCUGAAACAAGAAGAACACUUGAAAAUCAGAAGCGAUUUGGACUCAUUCCAGAUCAGUUGCUCUGACCAACACAGAGGACCUGAAAAAAAAAGACAUUCAGGAGAAAUGAAAAGACGUCUGUGUCCCACCCAAUUCUCUAUUUACAGGAAACUGUAAUUUACAGGUAAUUGUAAUUUACAGGUAAUUGUAAUUUACAGGUAAUUGUAAUUUACAGGUAAUUGUCAUUUACAGGUAAUUGUAAUUUACAGGUAAUUGUAAUAACACAUUCUAACGUCAUAUUUUAUCACAUAGUUGAAUAAAGUUCAGCGUUUUGG